AUGCUACCCGAGAAUCUAUUCCAGCUGCCCGACCUAGAUACGCUGCAUCUAGACGAUCUGCCUGCUCUCACUUCGUUUCCCGAUUCGUUCGGCAGGCUGCCCGCUGGCCAACCCUUGGGAUCUCCAGCCCUCCGGAGUCUCACCAUCCACGACUGCAAACGCCUAUCCUCGCUGCCGGAAUCUAUCGGCCAGUUUUCCGCUCUCCAGCAGUUUCGCCUGAAGUUUCUUGAUCGACUUACGGCUCUUCCGCAUUCCCUGGGGUUCCUUAUGGCACUGAAGGAGUUGAAAGUGGUUGAGUGCGCCAAUCUCGUGAACCUCCCAGAGUCUGUAUCCGCCAUGGGAGCGCUCACAAGCCUCAUUCUUGACGGCUGCUCUUUUUCAGGCCUGCCCGGAGACAUUGGGCAGCUGCAAAACUUGGUCACUGUGAAGCUGUUUUCUACAAGCCUUUCUCACCUGCCUGACUCGUUCGGGCAGCUAGGGCAGCUGAAAGAGCUGACCAUUUACGAAUGCUACAACCUAUUCGAGCUCCCUGCCUCGUUCACCAACCUCUCUUCAUUAGAAACCCUACUCAUCUAUGGUGGAUCCUCGCUCAUUGACUUGCCUCUGGGUUUCGAGAAUCUGCCGAAGCUCCGCACACUAGAGCUGCUAAACUGCGGCAUGCCGUACCUGCCCGAUAGGUUCGCUAAAGCCGAAGCUGAAGAGGAGGGCACACCUCAUGCUCCUCUGAUUGAGCUUUCGCGAAUGCCUGGAUCGAUUGAGCAGGCUGGGUUGGGGCGCCUGUCGUCGCUGGUGCACCUUCACAUUGUCAACACCAACCUCCCCGCGCUUCCGGAAAACCUAGGCGAUCUGAGGGAGCUGGUGGUACUGCUGCUAGAGAAGUGCCAUGCCAUGACAUCCCUCCCCUCCUCCAUCGUUACCCUUCCCAAACUGCAGCAGAUUGAUCUCAAGUCCCUUCCUCUGCUGACUCACCUGCCCGAGAAUCUCGGGCAGCUGAAGGCACUCAAUGAGUUGGGUUUGGAUUCAUGUAAAACCCUGCAGGACCUUCCUUCUUCCUGCACUCUGCUCUCCUCCCUCAUACAACUCAGCAUCAUCAACUGCUAUGAGGGCCCUACCCAGCGACUUGGGCAGUUUGUCCUGUCUGAGGGAGGUGGAUCUGGACGGGUGUACGCGUCUGAAGGAGCUGCCACACUCGCUGGUGGAUAG